CACCGAGUAUAGCAUCUCAUAGACCAAAUGCAAAGUAAAUGUUCUAGAAAAUUAUGCUCCUUUCCCCUACAAAUUAAAGAUCAUUGCACAAACAGAGAAAGUACAGAAACAAGUUAAAUGUUAGAGAAUAUAUUCUGUACACAACAAACAGAAAAUACUUGGCAAUCUUGUUAUCAAUGGUUUAGUUUAUAUACAAAUAACAUAUCAAAGGUCCUGAUUUAAUUUAUCCCACACUUUGCAUAUUUACAUAACUGCCCUGUUUCCAUAACACAUUGCAUGCAUGGCUAGUAGCUAAGUGGUAAGAAAAAAGAAAAAAAACAGUUGCAAUUUCAAGACUUUGAUCAACAAAAGAGAUGAACUGUAGUACCUGCAGCGGCGGAGUCGGUGGCGGCACAACCAAUUCCGUCGCCGGAAGUGAGGAGAGGCGGUAUUUGGGUCCUCCGGCCUUCUUGACCAAGACGUUUAACAUAGUGAACGAUCCGAACACGGACUCCGUAAUUUCGUGGAGUUUAUCGGGAGACAGUUUCAUAAUUUGGAACCAUCAUAAAUUCUCUGCAGAGAUACUUCCUGUUUAUUUUAAGCACAGCAACUUGGCAAGCUUUGUGUACCAGCUCAACAGCUAUGGUUUCAGGAAAAUCGGAGUGAUCCAUCAGUGGGAGUACGAGAAUCCGAAUUUUCAAGCGGGGAAAGGAAAUUUGCUCUCGAACAUUAGAAGAAGAAAACGAAAUGUAUGCAGCGGUACGUAUAUAACAAUUAGUCCAGAAAUUGUUAUGAACGAAAUAAACGAAUCGAAGUUGGAAAUCGAGAAGCUGGAACAUGAAAUUACUGCUGUCCAAGAAAAGGUGGAAAAUAUCUACAAGCACAAGCUGUUAAAGAAACAAACACGGGGCGAAGUGUUUGCCCGCAAAACGAUGAUCGAAGAAAUCGGAAAAGAGAUUCAUGCAAGAAAGAAGAGGAAGUUUAUUUCUCUUACAACCGAAAACACCGAAAAAAAUCACGGGUCUGAAAACCAACCGGUUUUGUCAACCGACGAAUAUUCUGAGGUAGUUAUAGACGCGACUUUGGAAGAGGGGUCGAUGGCGAAAAAUGCAGAUGAUUAUACAUUUUGGACGAAGAUACUAUUGGAAGAUUACGAAGCAUGCGAAGCAGAGAAUAUUGUUAUGGAUUUCGAGAGUUCAAUUGCAAAGGUAGAUAAUCAAGAAGGCGAACGAGUUAUUAUUGAUCUUAAUUAAUUAAUAAUCGAAAUAGCAAGUUUAAUUAAUUUUCUAUAAUUUUCUUUUUUUAAUUUUUGGGUCUGGAGUUUAAUUAUGUCAACAUUAGAUUUUCUAAAAAUGGUUUUAUUACAAUUGUAUCAUUUUAUUUUCUAUUUUUUUUGUUAAAUUGUUUAAUGGGCAAUUCAUUAUUACAUUUGUUAAUGAAAUAGUAAGUUACUUAA